AUGGUCGACAAGAUCGGGCGUCCACGCAAGGCUGUAGGCAGCAACCACCCUUACGAAUCGGGCGGGAGCACGAGAGGCCGCCCACAACACCAAGCCUCAUCACAAACAGAAACAUACUACAGUGCCCACGACGGCUUCGAAAAUGCGCCCAUGCAGUCCGCAGCACUAAGCGCUGCACAACAACGCGACUUCGAAGAAGCGCAAGCGGAGCCAGAACCACAAUCUCGCUCGGCCAAUAUCCGCACCAGCACCGCCGCUGAGUCGCAAUUCGAUGCCGAGGAAGACGAAACCCCUUCUCAGCCCGCAUCCGCAUCAUCGUCUUCCUCCUCAAGCUGGGAAGACCUUCCUUCCUCUGCAACGGCAUCCCUUCCAACAGCCACACCCUUCCCCGGCACCUGGCCUGCCGCCAUCCACGACACCAGCGCCGCGCUGUCCGAGGUCUCCACUGCGACCCUUUCCUUCGCCAGCGCUCUCGCAUCAUCAGGCCUUGGCCGCGCAUCGUGGAGUAUUGGCGCAGCAACUCUUUCCUCCACCAACCGCGCGGCCCUUUCUUUCACCACCUGGGGCAUGGAGAAGACAGGCGUCAUGCCGAAUGAGCUUCCCGCACCAAUGAGAAGGUGGAUUCAAGGGAAAGAAGAGCGGGAUAGAAGGAGGAGACAGGCUGAGCAGAGAAGGAGGGACAGGAGGAGAAGGGAACGGGAUGGACAGGUGUUCACCGGAGGAGUGGAUGAGGAAGGGGGUUAUGUGCUAGCGACACAUGAGAUAGAUGGCACGCUCAACUUUGAGGGUAGGGGGCCUGUGGAUAUGCGCGAAGAAAGAGGUGGACAGGGGGAAGAGCAGGAAUACGCGGCGGGAGGACCAGAAGAGAUCGAGGAGCGGGAGGCCGAACAUGAGGACGACGGCCUAACGCGAGUGUUUGAGUUUGAUGAUGAUGAAGACUUGUAA